AUGCUAAACGCAACAGGCGACGGCGGGUCGCGACUCGCGGCAGUAGAAUGGGGCGACGUAGGGGCUGAACUUAGGUUUUCAGGAGUUCGUCGUGUUCGAUGUUUGCCUUUGCCUGGUCCAUUUCUACCGUGCGUGGACCUGUUCGACUGGUGGACGCUGCGCUGCGGCGUGUGGGCGGUGUUCCUGCUGGCGCUGCUGGGCAACGGGACAGUCGUGUUUGUGUUGGUGUUUAGUCGCAGCCGCAUAGACGUGCCACGGUUCCUCGUCACGAAUCUAGCGGCAGCUGAUUUUUUCAUGGGAAUUUACCUAGGGUUUUUGGCAGUCGUCGACGCUGGAACAUUAGGUGAAUUUCGCGCGCACGCAAUAUCUUGGCAAAUGUCCGGCGGGUGUCGGCUCGCGGGCUUCCUGGGAGUGCUGUCGUCCGAGCUGUCCGUUUACACACUGGCCGUCAUCACGCUGGAACGCAACUACGCCAUCACGCACGCCAUGCACCUCAACAAGCGGCUGUCGCUGCGGCACGCCGCCGCGGUCAUGGCGGCCGGCUGGGCCUUCUCGCUGGCGGCGGCCACGCUGCCGCUGCUCGGCGUCUCCGACUACCGCAAGUUCGCUAUCUGCCUGCCCUUCGAGACCGGCUCGCCCGCCGCCCUCGGAUACGUCGUCACUCUUCUCGCUAUCAACGGCUUAGCUUUCCUGGUGCUGCUCGGCUGCUACCUUAAAAUGUACUGUGCUAUACGCGGGUCACAAGCGUGGAAUUCGAACGAUUCUCGAAUUGCGAAGCGAAUGGCGCUUCUAGUGUUCACAGAUUUUCUGUGCUGGUCGCCGAUAGCUUUCUUUGCACUCACGGCGGCUUUCGGUGCGCAGCUCGUCUCUCUAGAGGAGGCGAAAGUGUUUACAGUUUUCGUUUUACCGUUGAAUUCAUGCUGUAACCCCUUCCUGUAUGCCAUUCUCACGAAACAAUUCAAAAAAGAUUGCGCCCUGGUGUGCAAGGCCAUAGAAGAAUCUCGCGUCACGCGGGGCAUCGGCCGAUGUAGGCACUCUUCAAACUUUAGCAAUCGCCAGACGCCGGCCAACACCAACAGCCUCGCGGAGCGCUCGUCCAGGGGGCAGCACGGCGCGGCGUGCGCGUGCCGCCGCCUGCUGCCCGCCGCCGCCGCGCCCGGCGCCGGCGCGCCGCCCACGGAGGCGGGCGGCGAGCGCCUGCUGCGCUGGCUGCGAGCGUGCGGCCGCCGCGCCGCCGCCCCCGCGCCGCCCGCGCCCCGCCAGCCGCCCGCUCCGCCCGCGCGCGCCGGCUCCGUGUCCUCUUCGGUGGAAUUCUCGUCGUCGCGCUCGGACUCCUGGCGCACGUACGGGCGGCCGCCGCCGCCGCCGCGCCGCGCCGCCUCGUGGUUGGUGGCGCGCAAGACGUCGCAGGACUCCAAUCUGUCGUCAUCGCGCAACGACUCGUCCGGCUCGAACGCCACGGCGUCGACGGGCACGUGGCGCACGUCGCGCUCGGGCGGCAGCGCGCGGCGGCAGGCGGCGCGGGGGCGGGCGGCGCCGGGGCGGGCGGCGCGGGGGCGGGCGGCGCGCGGCCUCGGCUCACGCGGCAGCCGGCGGUGGUGGCGGACGAGCCGCCGCUGUCGCCGGGCGCGCUGCCGCCGCCGCGCCUGCUGCACACCAUCCCGUCCGCGGCGGAGACGGAGGCGCAGACGGAGGAGGCGGACGCGCGCUGAGCGCCUCGCCUCGCUCCUUCACUCAUCACCGCUCUCGAGGGCUUAUGUCGAGAUCGGAAUCAGUGUCUUAUCAAACCGUCCAUUAGCAACCGUUCCCGCGACUCCCGUCAGUCACAUUUGUGCAAUUGAACCUCGAACACUUCCCCCCGCUGUAGUUAUAAGUAGUGUAAUAUUAGCAUUUAUCGAUAGAGACUCAAUACCGCCACUAUACAUAUGUAGGUACAUAUAUUUGAGCUGUGAGCAUUUUGAUCAAAUCGCCAGAUUAUCACGUCAUCGCCACAAA